UAUCCCCACCGCUUCUGGUUUUCCACAGGCCUGCCGAAUACACCCCAUAGCAAGAGAAUAAACAUGCCGAUAUUCCAUCUUGGUGCCCGUUUAGGUUCUGAUUGGGGAGGAUAUGUCUGAGCAUGUCCCUGACUGGGUAUUUUGUAUAUAUUCAACAGCACUCACCAAAAAACAAAGAAAGAAAAACACCACCAAAGAAGAUGAGCAUAAGGGAUGAUGAAAUGAGCAAUCUUCUUGAUAUCUCUCAAGAUAUGGAAACUGUUGUUCAACCCCCUCGGCCUGGGAGAGCCACUUUUUCGCUCUCAAAGAGUUCGGACCCAUAUCUCAUUCCAAAGGAUGAGGUUUUCACAUCACAGGCUGUUAGAAACAGAGUACCUGAUGGCAUAGGGCAGAGAAGUGAUGAUAACAUAGUGGACCUGACAAAUACCCAGGACGGGUUGCGGAAUCUGACUGAGAGUGCUCUAGAGGAAGCACCUGAACCAGCCCCCACACGUCUAAGCAGAUUGAAGAGAAAAGCAAAGAGUAAGGAUGUAGUAUCCCAUGAACAGCAUCAACCCGGACACAUGGCGCCCAGGGACUCCAACGUGGAGGUGCAGCCAGCCUACAAAAAACCCAGAAGGGCUAUCCUGGAACCUGAAGUUCGGGUGCAGGAAGCGAGGGGGGAGGAAGCGAAGCUGGAAGAAGAGAAACUGAGCGGGAAGGAACGUGAUCUGGAAAAGCCUGACCAUUGUUAUUUUUGUCCACAACACCACCCCUGUUGGCACCUCCAUCUGUACCUCCACCCUCACCUCCAUCCAUACAUCAGUCCGUACCUCCAUCCGCACCUCCAUCCAUAAAUCAUUCUGUACCUCCAUCCGCACCUCCAUCCAUACUUCAGUCCGUACCUCCAUCCUCGCCUCCAUCCGUACAUCGGUCCUUACCUCCAUCUGCACCACUGCCUGCACCUGCGUAUGUACAUGGGUCAACAGACAGGCACAGCCAGGAGGGAACACACAUAGCAUGUGGAGGACCCACGCAAGACAACAACACUCCGCAAGUGGAGCAGCAAGGCUUGGCAUGUUGCCCCCUCCUAGCCCACACAGCUUUGAAGAGUAAUGCAUGGAUGAUGAUGGCAGAUAAGAAGAGAAUGGCAGC